GAGGACAAUAUUUGAAUUAAUAUGGCCAUCUCGUUCAGGGAACAGUUUAGAGGAUUUCCAAUAUGGCAAAUGUUCAUUAUCUGUGUAAUUAGGUUCUCUGAACCAAUUGCAUUUUCAUCAUUGUUCCCCUAUAUUUAUUUUAUGAUUAGGGACUUUAAAAUUGCAGAUCGAGAAGAAGAUAUUUCUAAAUAUUCUGGGUAUUUAGCUUCCUCGUUUGCCUUUGCCCAGUUCCUAUUUGCUGUACACUGGGGUAAAUUGGCAGAUAGAAAGUUUGGACGUAAACCGAUAUUAUUAGCGGGACUUUUAGGUACUUCUAUUUCUUUAAUUAUUUUUGGAUUUUCUACAAAUUAUUAUAUGGCAUUAGCUGCUCGAUCUUUAGCAGGUGCAUUGAAUGGGAAUAUAUCUGUAUUAAGAACCAUGAUCGGUGAAAUUGCCACUGAAAGAAGACAUCAAGGGGUUGCAUUUUCCACUCUUCCUCUUUUAUUUAAUUUUGGUAGUGUCAUUGGCCCCCUAAUUGGUGGUUCACUGUAUUUUACAAGACCAAAGAAGGAAAACCCUUACCAAAGUAAUAGUUUGGAAAGUUUCCACGAUCGCUUUUUGAAUAAACAUCCCUAUGCCUUAUCUAACAUAGUUGUUGCUUGUUUUUUAUGGUUUAGUUUUACUUGUGGAGUUCUAUUUUUAGAAGAAACUCAUGAGAAAUUUAAAUAUAGAAGAGAUAUUGGAGUUGAUUUAGGUGAUAAGUUAUUAUAUAGUUUAGGUAUAACUCCACCUACUAGACCAUGGAGUCCAGCUUAUAAGCAACAGGGCACCUACGAUGAACCAGAUGAAAUCUCACCGUUGAUCAUUCCUGAUAUAGACGAAGAAGAAGAAGAAGAACAAGGAAAUCAAGAAAGAGGUGAGGAAUCAGGAGAACAUUCAGUUGAAAUGAUUGAAAAAGAUGACUCAGUUGCAUUCACACCUGGUGUAAUUUCCGCUAUUUCUUCUAAUUUUAUCAUAUCAUUGCACAGUAUAACUUAUAAUGAGUUUUUACCAAUCUUUUUAGCCUCUAGAAAUAAGCCAGAUGCUCUAAAAUUCCCAUUUAAGAUUGAAGGUGGCUUGGGUUAUAGUGCUUCCUAUAUUGGUAAUCUUUUCUCUAGUACUGGGAUUGUGGGAACAUUUAUAGUGCUUGUAAUUUUCCCCAUAAUUGAUAGAUAUUUGGGUUCAAUUAAUGGGUACAGGCUUUCUGUAUCAAUAUUCCCCACAGUUUAUUUCUUGGUCCCAUUUACGAUAUUUACUUUGCAUUCCUACAAUCUGUGGUUCCCAGAAUGGGCCACCCCUUUAAUGUUGUAUAGUUUAACUUCAUUGAAAACUUUGGCGACUGCUACUGGAAUGCCUCAAAUUAUGCUCAUAAAUCAUCGUGCAGCACCUAAACAGCAUCGUGCAUACGUCAAUGGAACUACAAUGAGUAUUAUCGCUCUUGCUCGUUGUACAGGGCCAAUUGUAUUUGGUUACUUGAUGAGUUUGGGAGAGAAAACUUCUUCUGGGUGGAUUAUCUGGUGGUCGAUGUCAUUAUUGGCUAUGAUAGGAACAAUUCAAUCUUUCUUUAUGGAAGAUUUAGAUGAUGAAUAAAAAUAGACUAUGUAGAAAUAUAGA